UUGGAAUGUAUUAAUUAACCCAUUUAUGUUAUUUUAAUGAUAAGAGUUGCAUAAAAUUUACAUGUCCUCUGUUUUAUUUAGUACUCAGCAUAUUCUGUUUUCGCGAUUACCAUUCUUCCCCCUCCUUCAAACAAUAAUUUUCUUUUUUUUUCUCCGACAAGUUCUUUGUUAAUCGAACGCUCCUGUCAUGGAGGAAAUUAACGAGCGUUGAAUUCUUUUGGGACUUUGUAAUAGAAGUAAUGAAGUGUGUAAAGUCACCAGGGGAAUAUGAAGUUUCAUAGGAUUGAUUAUGUGCAUCCUUGAAAAUUUAAAGUCCCUACCCAAUUGAACAACAGAUGUUGGAAGCUAAGGAUGGGACUGUCUCAGUAGCUUCUGCAUUUGUUGGUCACCAAGAAGUUGUGCAGGAUACAGACCACAAAUUUGUAACGAAAGCUGUUGAAGAAGCAUAUAAUGGGGUAGAUUGUAAAGAUGGAGGCCCAUUUGGUGCUGUUAUAGUUCGUAAGGGUGAAAUAGUUGCUAGUUGCCACAACAUGGUUCUGAGAAACACAGAUCCAACUGCUCAUGCUGAGGUGACAGCAAUAAGAGAGGCAUGUACGAAGCUUAACCAAAUAGAACUUUCAGACUGUGAAAUAUUUACUUCCUGUGAGCCUUGCCCCAUGUGCUUCGGUGCAAUCCACCUUGCACGCAUUAAGAGAUUAGUUUACGGUGCAAAGGCUGAGGCAGCAAUUGCUAUCGGGUUUGAUGAUUUUAUUGCAGAUGCACUGCGAGGUACUGGAUUCUAUCAGAAAGCAACACUGGAAAUCAAAAGAGCUGAUGGUAAUGAGGCCGUGAUUGCUGAAGAGGUCUUUGAGAAAACAAAGACAAAAUUCCAAAUGUAUUAGAUCUGUCAUUUUUCAUUUAAAUUAUUGAGACUGGAUUGAACUCAUUUGAAUACAAAUGCUACAAUUUGAACGGCAUCAGAUAAGGACUAUAUCAUUGUCAAAGAAUUUUAUCUUCACACCAUGGUAUUAUCUAAUAAUAUAUCCCUUAUUUAUC